CGCAUUUUCUGAUUCUGAUUUCAGUUCUCGUUCAGCUUUGCCGACGGCACGACGUGCUUUACUAGCGAAAAGAAAGAAACUAGAAAAACUGGGGAAAAUCUGGGAAAAUUACUCGUCGUCUUGUCAAUUGGCGCGGGCCAAAAAAAAAGCUAACUUAAAAAAUAAAAAAAAAAAACAUUUUAAAGUUGUUAUCGAAAAACGAAAUAUAGAACAAUUCCUGUUAUGCACUGAGAGAAACAAUGUGAAGAGCGAAAAAGUAAGCAGAGAAAUUCCAUAGAAAAAUACUUAAAUAUAUACAGAUCCAUAAACAAACCGAUUUAUAUAUAUUCGAGUCGGGCGUUUGAUUGAUUUGUGGCAACUAUCAAACAACAAACCAAAAAGAAAAACAAAAAACAAAAAAGCAACAGCAAGUCAGCAAAAACAACAAGGACAACAGCAACUACAACAACAACAAUUGCGGAUGCCGCGCCGCUUAACCCCAAUCUGCCUAACAAAGUCACCGCCGUAACCAUGUAACUGUCCAACAUGCUACUAAAACCACUAAAACCAGCCAGCGACAAUUAAAGCCAGCCGCUAGAGAGGAUCGGGAGCAGGAACAGGAGCAGCAAAAGGAGGUGGAACUCUAGCCGCUCCAGCAGUACAAAACAUACACUGAGAGAAAAACAACAUGGCCGGGCCGCAGGUGCAGCACAGCCAGCGACCGAAUAGCGCCUACUACACGGGUCUAAAUGGUGGCUCCGGCGGCGGCGGAGGAGGAGGAGGAGCUGGAGGCGGCGGCGGAGGUGGUGGAUCCUCGGCCGGAAUGUCAAGCAGUGCAUCGCACACCGGACUGCAUGCCCUGCGCCAGGUGAGCAACGAAACGGAGCUCAUCUACCGUGGAAGCCACAGCAAUGGCACCGUCAACGAGCUGCCCUCGAGCGCCCAGCAUCACCUGCUCACAGGUCGAGCGGUCCAGCAGCACCAGCACCAGCAGCAGCAGGUGCAUCACCAGACGGUGAGCAGCAUCGCUGGCACCGGAUCCAGUGUCACAGAUGCCCUCAUCAGCACCAUUAACUCCGGCGGCGGCGGUGGUGGUCCCUCCGGCAGCAGUUGCUCCACGGCGGCAUUGGGCAUUAAAAAGUCCAGCACGCAGCGCAGCAUCGAGAUCAUUGUGGACGCCAGUCAGUGCGGCAAGGAGCUGGUGGCCAGUGGUCCGGGGUCGGGUGCAGCGGGCUCGGGCGCAGCUAUUGUCUCCACCCUGGACGUGGAGGAUGUGGAGCAGGGCGGUGGCGGUCAGGAGUCCUCCUCCUCGCAUAGGAAAUCAUCGCGCCAUCGGCAUCGACCGCUCCACCGGCGGCUAAUCACCUAUCUGCGGAAUCUCUUCCAAGGCAGCACCACACAGAAUGAUUCGGAACUGGAGGAGUUCGAAACGCCGGCAAGGUACAGGCCCGACUCGCUAAGUGCGCUGAGCCGCGCCACACGCUUCACGGAAGACGAGAUCAAACGAAUUUACCGGGGAUUUAAGGCUGAGUGCCCGACGGGCGUCGUCAAGGAGGACACCUUCAAAGUGAUCUACUCGCAGUUCUUUCCACAGGGAGCCAAUCCAACCUUAUACGCCCACUAUGUAUUUAAUACACUGGAUCAGGAUCACAGCGGCAUUGUCAGCUUCGAGGACUUUGUUCAAGGACUUUCGAUACUGUCGCGCGGCUCCGUGGAGGAGAAGCUGCGCUGGACCUUCUCGCUGUACGACAUCAAUGGCGACGGCUUCAUUACGAGGGAGGAAAUGACUGACAUUGUAACUGCCAUAUACGAGCUGAUGGGCCGCCUGCCGGACGAGUGUCCCGAGGAGGAGAAGAUCAAGGGCAAGGUGGAGCAGAUCUUCCAGAAAAUGGAUACCAAUCGCGAUGGCGUGGUCACGCUGGAGGAGUUUCUGGAGGCCUGUCGCAACGACGACGCCAUCUCCCGGUCGAUGUCCUACACGGUGCCCCGGCGGCGGCGACAUCAGCUGUCGGCACAGCAGCAGCAUCUGCAGCAUCAGAAGCAUCAGCAGCAGGAGCCAGAGAAACGUAAGUCCAACCACAAGACGAAGAACAAGCAACAGCAAAAACAGCAGCAACCACAUAGCACUAGACAUCAAAACUGUUGUCACAUAAUCGACAUGGAUGGCGAUAGCACCACCAGCACCACCACCGCCUCGGCGGCCACUGGAACAACACUCAAUUGCAAUGUCCUAUAUGAUUACGGAGCGGAGGAGGAGGAUGACGACGACCAGGACGAGGAUGAUGAGGACUCCGAUGAGGAGUACAGAUCCUUUGUCUGCCGCCACUGCCAAAGGUCGCAGUCGGUGGUGCAGCAGCCCAGAUCCAAUCGUCGAUCGCAAUCGCAGUCCAAGUCGCGCAAGCGCAGCAAGAGCAGGAAGCGCCACCAGAGCAAACAGGGUCACCAUCAGGGCCAGCAGGGCCAUCAGGGUCACCACGGUCAGCAGCUGACCCGGUGGCCGGAAAUCAAUGUGGCCAACGAGCAGGCCAUUCGCUUCCGGUGUCCGCAGGUGGGGCCGCAGGUGGGUCGCGACCUCCACACCCCCCAGCCCAUGCACUUCCAUCACCCCCAGUCGCAGAGCCAGAAGUCCAAGAGCAAGUCCCGGCCGCGGAAGCACCGGGCAUGCCCAUCUGCUCCGCUAUCGAAAGCUGGAGCAGCAGCAUCUGCAGCAGCACCUGGUCCACCUGCACCACCUGCGCCACCAGCAGAUCCGUCACAGCUACCGCCCUCCGAACUGCACCCCCUUGCACCCCUCAACGUGGUUGUGGGCGGGGCCGAGAUCGAGGUCGAUCCGCAGCAGCCACAGCCGCCCACCACCCCCGACUCGCCGUCGCUGGUCACCGUGAGCACCUGGUACACGGUGGCCAAGCAGGGUGUCUCCUGCUAAUCGCGGUGAGCAGUGAGUAUCCUUGCCAGCACCACCCAACCAACCAGACAACAAGCCACUUUGCACCCCAGUCAAAAUCCCCUUGAAAGGAUGGCACUGAUAUCUCUAGAUGCUUAAAAUCAUUUUUAAAUUAUGCAAGAAGGAAUAGACUAUCGGUAUUUAUCCAUAGAAUUCAAUUUUGGACCCAAACGGAGACUUUGAAUUAUUUUAAGCUCCUAGAGAUCUGUGUGGCAUGCCCCAGUAAAACGCUUUCCCGUUUCGGUGUUUGAAUAUAUGUAUACAAUAUGUAUAUUUUGUGCUUAAAUAAAUUAUAUAUGUGUGUUUCAGGGUGGAUCUCUGAAAAAUCUAAAUCGGCAAUAACUAAAGUUUAUUAUUAUUAAAAAUAAUAUAUUGAUUGUCUUUAGUAAUUAAACUCAAAUUUAUCUUUAAUUCAUAAAGGGAUACAGCAUAAAUUUAAGUUUUUUAACUGUUUGUUUACAAACUUACAAAAAAAUAGAAAAUUGUUAAAAAAAGUUAAAGCUGAGAUCCGCCCGAUUGUGCAUUAUGUUUCCGAUUUAUCCUAUAAUUUGUACUGUAAUUAGCCAAAUGAAGUUUACAAGAAAUUUAAAACGUUCUCUGUGUGUAUCGAUUGAUGUUGCAAACUGUCAAAUGUGUUAUAGUCUUAAAUACGUAUAAAAAUCUAUAGAAAAUGUAAGUGAAAGUGAACCAAAAACGAAAAUAUAUGAAAAGCAUUCAAAUGUUUACUUUAUGUUCCCUUGAGUUCUAUCAUUUGUGCCCAGAAAAGUCUUCUUAGAAAUGUUGAUAGAUGUCCUAGAGUUACAUAAAUUGACGUUAGCUGUGAUGGAAAAACAAAGUAUAUUAAACCACAAAAAAAAAACUUUAAUAUUAAUUGUAAAAAAAAUGGAUGAUUCUAUCAAAACUUGUGGGAAAAAAUUGCUCAAACGAAAAUGCUUGCUAUAUACGAAGCUUAGUGUGUGUGGGUGUGUUUUGAAUGUGUGUGUGUGUGCAUUGGGAGAGCUAGAGAGAAAAACUUUUUUGACAGAAUAAUUUUCAACAUUUGAAUGCCUCACUUGAAGGUUUUUUCUUGCAAUAGUUCCGACUAAAAGCGAAAAUUGAAAUGCUGUCGUUCCGUUAAUUAAAUUCUGUAAAAUACCCAGAAAUCAUAUUAAAUAAAAUCUAUAUGCAGAUUAAUGAACAGACCAAUUUCAGGCCAUCACUUGGCUUUAACAAAAACGCUGUUGUCAUUCAAAUGCAAAUUGAAUAUUGAAUUGGUCUUUGGCGAAAAAUGAGUCAAAUAACCAAAUUGUUUUAAUUGAAAGCAGCUUUCUACUUUAUUGGAUAAAUGUAAAAGGCUGCCAGUUUGAAUUCCAUUCGAUUUGCAUUAUUUCACAUAGAAAUUCGUGUUCUUCAAACUGUUGUGAAGUUUGCUGAGCGUUAACUUUUUUGCUAACUGUUAUUGCUUGUCAUGCUUUUGUUGUUGUUUUCCUUAUGCCACAUUGGACACACCAAGGAGACACACGCACACACGCACACAUGCACACAGACACACCAACACACCGACACCGCACACAUAUGCAAGGCAAAAUCAACAAGGAUGCAAACGCAUGGGAAUUGAAAUUCGUGUAUGGCAAUUAAAAUAUCUGCUUUCUUUCUCUCCCUUUCUCUCUCUCUCUUUCUCUCUCUCUCUUUUCUCUUUCUCUCUCUCUUUCUCUCUCAUUCUGGCCCGCACAUACAUAACUCACACACACUCGCUUAAAUAAACACACACACAUGUGCAGAAAUUUGCAUAGAAACUAAAUGAAAUGCGUAGCAAGAAAGACAACGCGAAUCUGCCAAAAUAAAAAUCUAGGUACCGCACGUCCAUUAAUAUGCAAUUAUGGAUGUGUUUGUGCAACUGUAAAAAUAAUGAAAGUGUGCGGAAAAAUUGGAGAGGCCAACGAAAACACGAUUUUAUCGGCAUAAUUGUCUGGGUCGCAUUUAAAGGGCUGCAAGCAGUGCAGUGCAGUUCUCAACUGUAAGUACAUUGUCGCACCGGAAGUGCCACUGCUUGCCUUCAGAAAACACAGAUAUAUGAAAAUUGACACUGUGUAAGUGCACGCAACUUACACGGAACCCAUUGAAAAUUGAAAAUGUACGAAACGAAAGCUUUACACAAUGAAACUAAAACUAAACCUAAAAACUUACUCUUAACGAUUUAAUGAAACAUAUAUAGAGAGAAAUUUAAACUACACAGAAACUAUAUUUAUACGAAAAGAAAAUAGCAAGAAGAAAAAUACUAAUUACAUUAAAUUGGAACCAGUUUGACUUUCUAUUUGAAAUAUAUGUAAACACACGACAUACGCACACACAUGCACAAGCAAAAGCCUGUGGGUAAAUAUAUGUGUAAAUCAAAAUAAUAGCCGCAAAUACAAAAGCGACGUGAAGGAGAAUCGAGAAUUGGAGAAAUGGAGAAAUGCUCCCCGGGGCGUAUGCGUAAUGUUGAGUGUAUUGUUUCUGCGCAUAUAUUCUCCAUUAGCAAAUUAGUGACAAUGAUGAAAUGUCAUCAAGUCGGCCGGCGAUAUGUACUAUAUACAUCUGGUGUGUGUGCCUGUUGUGUGUGCGAGUGUGCAAGCUAAAUCAAAAAAAACAAAAGUUUGAAUCAGAAAUUGGACCACAGCAAACAAAGAAGUAGCAUAAAACGAUAUCCGCUGUAUAUGCAUAUUAUAUUUACAUAUACAUAUAUAUAUAUAUACAUAAAUAUAUAUGUACACAAAGCAUAUAUAUAUGUAUAGAUAUGUACCAGGCAUACAGUAUUUAACAAGUGCAUAGGUGUGUAAUUGUAAUUUUUUGUAGCUAGAACUAAGGGACACACAGAAAAUAAAUGGAGAACUAUUAGAUAAUAGAUAAUUGGAAAAUGGUUAAUUGGACAUCUUGUUGUACAUAGUUAGUGAGUGGUUUGUUUUCGCCGUUAAACCAACUACAAAUCUUUCUCUAUAUUAACUCUAAACUCAAAGUAAUUGUUGCAUUUUUAAACCCUUUAAAUACAUAGCUGUGUACUUAGCUGUAGUCUUCCAGAAGUAAUCGAACUAAAAAAAAUCGAACCGAGAUGCUGAUGAUAACUCUAUUCCACUUAGAUUGAACCUGUAGCAAAUUUGUACCUUAGCCGAAACACCCACAAAAAGCUUUCAAAAACAAUAAAACUCUCUUCUUAAUAGACGAAACAAAAACCGAAACCGAGUCCAAUAAAUAAAGCCCAUAUAUACAAAACUGUUGCUGUCGUAGCUGAAGAAGAACUGUAUUAUUUUUGGAUAAAUGUUAUCGAUUUUCUGCCCACUUUCAAGGUUAUUCAAUGUUAGAUCCUUCGAACUAUUGGUUUCCCACUGCAUAUAUGUAGUAUUUACAUAUGAUCGGUCUGAUCAAGGGCACGACAAUAUCGAAAAGGAGCCACAGAAGUACUAAACGACAUAUACAUACCCUCCCACCCCAGACUAACACACACACAUAGUACUCCCCUCUCUCUUUCUCUCUAACUAUCACUGUCUCCCUCUCUAUAUCUCUCUACUCGUCUGUGUGUGUGAAUUAGCAAUCAAAUACUAAUGCAAAAUCUUUUUCAAAAACAAAGUGUCAAAUUUUCAAGAAAACAUAAAAACAUAGAGAAAACCCCAAAGAAAAACUUGGCAAAUUGACAGAGACAAACAGAUAGAGAAAAGCAGAAAAGCAGAAAAAAUUGAUAAAUUGGAGGAUUGCCAACCUAGUUGCAAGUAUUUUCCAGGCCUAAGCCUUAACGAUUAGACAAAUGCAAAUAAUUGUAAACACAAAGAAAUAUAUGCAUAUGAAGUGUGUGUUUUUUCCUAAUUUAUAAGCUGUUGAAAUCAAAUUUUACCAAUGAAAGUAAGUAUUAAACAAGUAUUGACGCAGAGAAACUCUCGUUUUAGAGAAUCACUUGAAUUUUUCAGUUGUUAAUGUAAAAACUGUAUUAGCCAUUUAUUUGUGAGCGAUAUACUGUGUGUUAAAAACCAAAAAAAAAAAAUAAAAAGAAAACCAAAAAACUAACAAGAACUAAAACCAAAUACAAAGAGCAGAAAAUACAUGUCAUAGCAUAGGCCUAAGUGCGACAUUUAUUGGGGGACUCCAGAAGGCAAACGGAAGUACUAUAUAUACAUACAUAUAUAUCAAAAACCGAAUUGUUAUCGGCCGAACGACGUUUUAAAGCCACUAAGAGAAUUUCCAGUGUUAUCAAUCGAUCGAUGUAUGUACGUCUUCUGGGCCAAAAUGCGAUUGAGCCACGUUAUAAACACAAUUACAAAUUGAUAAACUUACGAGUAUAUACACAAAUAUACUAAUGUACUAGUCGUAAAACAUAGCUGAUCUUUUUUGGUGUAAAUUUUAAAUGAUAAUACCAAGCGAACAAACUUUCCAUGCAAUAAAAAACAAAAAACAAAACACAUUGUUUCAAAACUACAAAGAAGUGUCGUUUAAAUGCAAAACUGCAUGAACCAAAAA